GUUACCGCAGGGUGGAGGUAGAGGCUAGUUGAGUUACCACAGGGGGGAGAUAGAGGCUAGUUGUGCUUCUACAUUAAGUGCCAAGGUGUACAGUAGGGUCUGGGGUUAGAGAAUGUGCAUUGGUGCAGGGUCCAUGUCAGCAAAUGUUCUAUAUUCAGACCUCUGGUGAUAACAUGUCCUAUAGCUGCCAUUCUCAGAAUCAUUUCAACCUGGACGAUGACCACCACGCAGUCAUCCAACAAUAUAGAAAUCAGAAUAGUGGGGCUUACUUAUUUCAACCUGUUCAGAACACAAAACACAUAUUACCAGAUGAGAGAAACAAUAGACAGUCACACAGUCCUGGACAAAGAGAGGAGGCAUAUUGUGCGCUUUUACAGUAGAGCUGCAUUGAGCAGGUGAUACUGGAACUAUCCUGGGGGGUGUACCGUAGGUGUGGUGGAUAGAUUAUGCUUUACAUAGGGAGAGACUGUUCCAGACUGGCAAAAACCCUAGAGAUGCAGAGAGAGCUGGAGGGAGAGAGAGAGGGGUGGUGGGGUGCAGAACACACCCAGAGCCAGUGAACAGAAUUUUUCAUAACCAGGGGUGACUGGUGUGUCUGUGUUCCAGAGUGUAGAAGAAUAUAAUAGAGAAAGAUCAGGAGCUGAGAGAACACCCCCUGGUGUUGGUAGUGUUGAUGUCACUAUAGGAGGAGCUCUCUGGACAGGAGCUCUCUGUCCACUCACACCCAGUCCAACCCUGGUCUUCUCCUCUUCCUUUCCUCCUCAACUCCUCUGGGAUUGACCUGACCCCUAUUCCUCUCAUCUCCCAUUUCUAUAAUUUCUUCCUCCUGUCCUCCGUGUGGAGCAGUGCCACAGAGCCAUGCACCCCCAGCGUCCUCUCCCCCAGGCCAUGCCCUCCUCCCUCGGGCAGAACCUGCGUGACAUGGCCAUGGGCCUAGGCAGAGGGAAGAACUUCCUUGGUGGAAACAUUGCCUACGGCUUCAUCCAGUCCCUCAAGGAGUGCCUCUACUUCGUACUCUGCUGCUGGUGCAUCAAGGAGAUACUGGACUGACUGACUGAGACACCACGAGAGGGAGAGAGGGGCACGAGGCUAAGAUGUUAAACACAGCAUGUGAAGCAGUUGCCCAUGAUGCAGUUCUGUAUUCCUGUCUGGAGGCUUGGGAAACUGAUGUGCUGCCUUGUGUAUCAGAGGAUCUCUGUCAUUCUCGGAUCCUGAGUCAGUCGGUCUGGAGACCUGCAGUGUGUGUGUGUGUGUGUGCGUGUGAAGCAUCGUCUUAACACCAAUCUGCUGAUCCUAGACCUGUGGAGAAACCAAACCUGUGAGGCAAUGGACAUGGCUUUUGAUGCUGCUUAGGUCACAUUUAAUUCCAAGUUUUUAAAAUUUCUGUACAGUCUUAAUAUGCAAGGAAUAAACAAUGUAAUAUCUGAUUUUGUUUGUGUGUGCCAACCAGAGUCAGGUGG